AUGCAAGUGCUGGGGGUCCGGGAUCCCGUCAUGUGUCGCGCUUUCCUGCAAACGCUGAAGGGCUCGGCGCAAAGAUGGCUCGUGGCCUUACCCCCAGGCUCAAUUCGCAGCUUCGAAGAGUUGGCCGAUCACUUCAUGAGUCAUUAUGCGACUCAGAUCAAACCGCAAAAGGAUCUAACACAUCUGGGAGAUAUCUGUCAAGAGGAGGGUGAAUCUCUCAAAACUUACCUGGCCCGGUGGCAAAAGAAGAUUCAGUCCAUCGAAGAGGUAGAGGACCAGACUGCCCUCACCUUCUUCAUCGAGUCGCUGCGAUCUGGCCAACUUUAUCGCGACCUUAGGGACAACCGGCCCGCCACCUAUGCGGAGGCUAUUCACAUGGCCAACAAGCGAGCUAAUACGGAACAAGCCGUAAAACAUAAACGACAACGUGAAGUCGGAGGAUCCUCUAGGGGGAAGCGAACCCGGGCGGAGGUACGGGAAAGACGUCCAGACCCAGCCCGGCGCACAUACGAUAGGCCUAGCAUCCAGCCUUAUAGGCCGACCCCACAGCACCCGGUGCACGAGGUGCAAGCGGUCGCGCCGCCUCCGCCUCCUCCGACCAAGGAGCGUCCAGUGAAUGAGGACCCGGGUAAGACGUCUAAGUAUUGUCGUUACCACAAGUCAUACACCCACAACACGGAAGAAUGUUAUUACUUGAAAAAAAUCAUGGAGGGGAUCAUCCAGCAAGGGACGCCGCCUCCCAACCAAUGGCGAAGGAGAUCUGCGACUAAGGAGGACGGCGACCCCUCGGAGGCGGGCGAAGGCAACCGCGGUAAGCAGCCGGCGACCAAUGAAGGUGAAGCCCAGUGGAGACAAAAUCCGGUUAUCAACAUGAUAGUCGGCGGACCGGAAGGAGGCGACUCUGCCAACACUCGAAAGGCUUGGGCUCGGCAACUAUACGUAGGGACCGUGUAUGGGCGAGAAGGCGGCUCGAAGAAGGUAUGUCGGGAGCCUAUCGUCUUUACAGACAAAGACUUGCCUACGGGAGAAACUCCGCAUCGCGACGCCCUAGUCAUUGCUAUGGAUGUAAACGGAGUGGUCGUCCGGCGAAUCCUGGUAGACACGGGGAGCAGCAUCAAUAUCCUAUAUCUCGAGACUUUCACCAAAAUGGGAUUGGCGCGAGAACAACUGGCCUCAGUCAAGACGCCACUAGCCGGUUUCACGGGCGACUCCGUGGAGGCCGAAGGAUCCAUCAUCCUGCCGGUUGAGAUUGGCAAUUACCCCGACGUACAGAAACUAGACAUGAAGUUCAUUGUGGUCGAUCUGACAUGCUCUCACAAUGCGAUACUAAGUCGGCCGGGUUUGGAAGAUUUGGGAGCGCUAAUCUCCAUCGAACAUCUCUGCUUGAAAUUCCACACAUCGAGUGGGGUAGGCACGGUCCGCUAUGAUAGGAGAGUCGCCCGCGACUGCUACCUACAAGCCUGCAGAGGAAUGGGCAAACGGGAGAUGCAAGUUCAUGAGAUCACGGAACGACCCCCGAAGAAGACGAUGCCACCUUGCCCCGAGCCGGUCGUAGAGCUGGAGGAAGUUGAGAUUGAUCCUGAGCGACCAGAAAGACGAGUGAGGAUAGGAGUCGGCCUCUGA